CACGUGCGGUUCGACUUGAGCUGGCAGCUCGUCCUUGUUGAAUCUCGAACAGCAUUCGCGGGAAACUGUCAGUCGCUCCAUCCGAGCCGUGCAUCCCAACCGAUCCUUUCUCAACUCUCAAACCAAAACUAAGUGAAACUUUCAAGUUACCCCAUAGAGUUCUCUGUUCCCAGCGAUCUCCUGAAAUACUCGGAAUUUUUUUUUGUUUUUGUUGCGUGCCAGAAACCCGCAAAGUCGCAAGUCGAUUCCCAAGAAGUCAGGCAAUCAGUCGGGCGGCCGAAUUAAUCAAAUUAAAAGUACUUGCCGGUGCAAUUAACCAGAAUGCCGUUCGCCCUUUAAGUUGCGCAUUGUUCGCCGAUCGCUCCGACGGAGGGAGGCGCCGGAGGGUCCUGGAAAAGCGGAGCAGCGGAAAGCGGAAAAGCGGACAUUGAACGGUGGCAGUCGGUGGCUCUGACAGUGGCAGUAAGUUACGGGCCAAGUUUCGCCGUAGAAGGAGCCCAAGUCGAAGGAGCCCGGAGCCCGAGGAGUCCGAGUGCCGGAGAAUAACUCAGCGCUUAUGAAAUAUGGAGCUGCUGCAGGCCCUCUGCUGCACGCUGCUCCUGCUCCUGGCCCGGAUGCAAGUUCUGCUCGCCGUCAGCUGGGAGGAUUGGUGGACAUACGAUGGCAUCUCAGGACCCGCCUUCUGGGGCCUCAUCAAUCCGGAGUGGUCACUCUGCAACAAGGGUCGCCGCCAGUCCCCGGUGAAUCUCGAGCCCCAGCGUCUGCUCUUCGACCCUAAUUUGCGGCCCAUGCACAUUGACAAGCACAGAAUAUCCGGUUUGAUAACCAACACGGGCCACAGCGUUAUCUUCACGGCAGGAAAUGAUACGGUCGCCAACUACGACGGAAUGCAGACCCCGGUGAACAUCUCGGGCGGACCGCUCUCGUACCGCUACCGGUUCCACGAAAUCCACAUGCACUACGGGCUGAACGACCAAUUCGGAUCGGAGCACAGUGUGGAGGGGUACACGUUCCCGGCGGAGAUACAAAUAUUCGGCUACAACUCCCAGCUGUACGCUAACUUCUCAGAUGCCCUCAACCGCGCCCAGGGCAUCGUCGGCGUUUCCAUUCUCCUCCAGCUAGGCGACCUUUCCAAUCCGGAGCUGCGCAUGCUCACCGAUCAGCUGGAGCGGAUCCGGUACGGGGGCGACGAGGCCUUCGUGAAGCGGCUCUCCAUCCGGGGCCUGCUCCCGGACACGGACCACUACAUGACCUACGACGGCUCCACCACGGCACCGGCCUGCCACGAGACAGUCACCUGGGUGGUCCUGAACAAGCCCAUCUACAUCACCAAGCAACAGCUCCACGCCCUGCGCCGCCUGAUGCAGGGCAGCCCCGACCACCCGAAGGCGCCCCUGGGCAACAAUUACCGGCCGCCCCAGCCGCUCCUGCACCGGCCCAUCCGCACGAACAUUGACUUCAAGACGUCGAAGGCGAACGGCAAGGCCGCCUGCCCCACCAUGUACCGCGAGGUGUACUACAAAGCCACCAGUUGGAAACAAAACUAAGAGUCAGUUACGUAACUGCGUGACGUGACGUUACGCAGGGUAAUGUAUCGUGAGCGUAUGACGUAAGCAGCGAGCGACGUAAGGCGUGCAACAGGAGCUUCCACUAAACAUACAUAUAGAAAACGGAGAAGGAGAAAAAGGAUAAGAAAGGGCAGAUGGGUCGCUGCCGGAAGCAGACGACAUGGUCACAAUGGCGACCGGAAACACACACAGACACACGUACACACUCACACACACACUCAUUCGUAGGCGAUGAAGAAGAAAGGAAAGGAAAGUAUUUAUAGCGACUACAGUUACGAUAAUUAGCAUUAAAUGUGCAUUUUUUUGUCAAGCCCUCGGACGCCCUAGAAGAAACAAAUCAAUCAUACCUUGAUUGUAGUCAAAGGUUUUUUUAAGUGUAUGCCUAGCGUAAGUGCCGAUAACAAUAGCGAAUUAGAAUCAUAACUACCGGCAUAUCUAUUACCGCAAUCCCUACUACCUAAAUACUGUAAAGUUAAAGAGUUAGGCUACAAAAC